AUGAUUCGCCCUGAAAAUUUAUCAAUUCGUAUUGAGGAUGCGCCAAGAAACUCUCAGGUUGCUGAUUUAUCUAAUUUUGAACAAGGCUUUCAAUUACCAGGUAACUAUCGAGUUAAUGUAUAUGUCAAUGAUAACUUUACUGUCAGUAAAGAAUUAAACUUUAAUCAAACCGAAAAAAGUGAUUCGGUGUCUGGUGGUUUAGCUCCAUGUAUAGAUAGUAAAUGGUUAUUGUUAUUAGGUGUUAAAAUAUAUGACCUUCCAGAAGUAGAACAGUUAAAAGAAGAAAAAUGCAUCGAUUUGAAAAAAUAUAUUCUAGAUGCAGAUAUAGUUUAUAACUUUAAUUUACAACGACUUGAUAUCAGUAUUCCACAACUUUGGAUGAAAAGUCAUGCACAAGGUUAUAUUCCCCCUUCCGAAUGGGAUUCUGGGAUUACUGCUGCUUACUUAAAUUAUAAUUUAAAUGGUAAUACAACCAGUAAAAGUGACAACAUUUUUGUAUCACUAAAUUCUGGAUUCAAUUUAGCAGGUUUCAGGUUUAAAAAUAUUUCGACCUAUAAUUACUUUAAUCAUCAAGAUGCUGGUGCUCAUAUAUCUAAGUGGAAUAAUGUUCAAAAUUAUCUCGAAAAAUCAAUUAUCCCUCUUAAAAGUGAAUUAAUUGUUGGGGACAGUAAUGUUCAAAACAUGAUUUUCGACAGCACAGGUUUUCGUGGUGCACGCUUAUAUAGUUCUGAAGCCAUGUUGCCAAGCAGUAUGCAAGGCUAUGCCCCUGUUGUCCGUGGUAUUGCAAAUAGUAAAAGUAUUCUUACCAUUCGUCAGAAUGGCUAUAUUGUUUAUCAAACUAAUGUCAACCCAGGUCCAUUUGAAAUUACGGACUUAACAGCAAUGGCUUUGAGUGGCGAUUUAGAUGUCACUGUAGAAGAAAGUGCUGGUAUUCCAAUGCUAUUACGUGAAGGACGGACAACUUUUGAUGUUACAGCAGGAGAGUUUAGGACUGGUAAUAAAGAUCAAGAAAAUCCCUUAUUUUUCCAAGGAACUUUAAAUCGUGGUUUUAAUAGAGGUAUUACACUUUUUGGAGGGACACAGUUAGCUUCAGAUUAUAAAUCUGCAUUGCUUGGAAUUGGUAAAAAUAUGGGGGAAUGGGGGGCAUUUUCUUUUGAUGUGACUCAUGCCGAUAGUACCUUAGCUGACAAAAAGGAUUAUACAGGCCAAUCUUAUCGUUUACUUUACUCAAAAUCAUUGAAUAAAUUAGGAACAACAUUACAGCUUUUAGGCUAUCGAUAUUCAACUAAAGGCUUUUAUACACUCAAUGAUGUUGCGUAUAAAUCUAUGGAACAAUUUGAGCCUGAAGAAAAAUUUGAUAACUUUGGUAAUAGUCAUUAUGACUCAAGUUCAUAUUACAAUUUAAAUUAUGUUAAAAAAGGCCGUUUUCAACUCAACAUUAAUCAAAACUUAGGUCAGUACGGUUCUUUAUAUGCUUCAGCCAAUUAUCAAUCAUACUGGAAUGCGCCAAAACCAUCAAAGAACUAUCAAGUUGGUUACUCAAAUUCACUUAAAUAUUUUACUUAUUCAUUAUCAUGGUUAAUGCAGGAUUCACCAAACAUUUAUAAUGAUAAAAACAAUUCAAUUGCUGCCAGUAUCGCAAUACCGCUUAAUGCCUUUUUUGGUCAUCGAGAUCGUGUGCGUAAUGAUAUAUACAGUAACUCAAGUGUUGUUCAAAACUCAUCUGGUAAUGAUUCAAUACAAACUGGUAUUAACGGUUCUUUAGGGGAAAAUCGUCAACUCAGUUAUAACCUUCAACAAGGUCAUAAUGAUACAGGUGGUUUUGGUACAGCUUCUGCUCGCUUAGAAACAAAAUAUGGUAGUGCUGGAGUUGGUUUUAGUUUUAGUGACGGCGGUAAAGAAAAAAGCUUUAAUUAUGAUCUUGCUGGCGGCAUGAUUCUGCAUUCAGGUGGAUUGACUUUAGGUCAAACAUUGGGUGACACCAAUGUAUUAGUCGAUGCACAAGGUGCAAAAAAUGUAAAACUGGAAAAUUCAACCAAUAUUCAUACCAAUUCAAAAGGUUAUGCCAUUUUACCUUUUGCUGAAAACUACCGUUUAAAUCGUAUUGCAUUAGAAACGAAUACUUUAGAUGAUCAGACUGAAAUUUUAAAUAAUGUACAGAAUCUAGUUCCAAUGAAAGGUGCCAUUGUAUACGCUAAAUUUGAUACGCGUAUUGGGCAAAGAGCACUGAUUACGAUUAAAAACCUAGGUACUUAUGUACCAUAUGGUUCAACUGUGACAGAAGAAAAACAAAAUAUUACGAGUAUCGUCGGUCAAGACGGACAAACAUAUUUAAGUGGUUUAGCAGAAAACGGAACAUUUAAAAUUUCUUGGGGCUCAACAGAAAAGGAAAGUUGUAACACCUCAUAUACAUUUGAUAAAAAAAUAUCAAAUGUAGUCAGUAAUUUCUGUUCGCGAGGGUCGUGCAACCCAGAGUUAACCACUGGAAGUAAAGUCAAAAUUAAACUGAGAAUCAAAAAGAAAUUUGUUGGUCAAAUGCCGCAGUCCUGCAGUUUUGAUGUAGGGGAUGUGCAGGAAACAGAGCUCAAGGUGAAAUUCCUCAAGCUGGACCUGUGGCAGCGCAAGGUCACAUACGAGUUGACUUUCAAUAACAAACAGCAGGUAGUUCAAGCUAGCACUAUAUUGCUCGCACCUCUUUCAAAUGCAGACCCUUUAGUAAAAAUCAAUUUACGCUUUAAAGCGCUGAUUGUGGAUCGUACUUGCACUGUAGCACCUGAGAGUAAAAGUAUAGAUGUAGCAUUGGGAACAUGGGGAACCAAAAAUAUUAUCAAUAUAGGUGAUCAAACACGGCCUAUACCCUUUUCAAUCCGCUUAUUGGAUUGUACUGCAAAAAAUGUUUCAGUUUCAUUUGAUGGACCAAAAUACGCAACCAAUCCUCAGUUUUUAGCCUUAUCAAAUGAAUCAACUGCAAAAAAUGUUGCUAUUCAAAUUUUAAAUAAAGAUCGCCUACAACUGCCCAUGGAAACUUUGACAAGUCCAGUAAAAAUGUAUCAGCGGGGAGCGCAAACUCAACUGCUAAUUUUAUUCUAA